AUGAAGUGCAUAAAAUGGUUAAAGCAGUGCAAACGACGUUUAUCACAGAAUUCAUUCGAAAAUUUGAUUUGGCUCCUUGAUCUUUUGCCAUCACUACUUGGUUCUCCAUUAUUAACUGAUAAGUUUAACUACUUAUUUUGGACCAUGCACGGGAUUGUUGUCUUUUAUUUAUACCUCGUGGGUAUUGCAGUCUACCAAAAGUAUUCCGCUGAAGGCUUUAUCGACUCCAUCAACAGUUUAUUUAACUUUUUUGCCUUCAUCCUCAUUGCUGUUACCGUUUGGUGGAUGCAUAGAAAAAGGAAAGAAUUCAACGAUCUACUAGAAGUAGCGCAAAAGAACGAUGAUCUGAUCAUAGAAACGGGCCGAUUCCUUCAUGUGCACGAGAAAAUGUUGAGGAGCAUUAAGAUUAUUAUCAUCUUGUGCUACGUUUUCCAUUUCAUCAACGAAGUAGUUGUUUAUAUUCCGUUUAGAAUCUUGAGAAUGGAGGAUUUCUCUAUUGCCUCUUGUGUUGGUUUAGAACCACUCAAUGUAAGUCCAAACCGCGAGGUUUGUAUGGGACUAAUGACAGCAAAUAUUCUAAUAUCAAUUAUGGUUAUAUGCUGUUACGACAUCUCGUUGCUGUUCCUGUUCUCUCACACCACUGCAGUGUUUCAAAUUCUUUUUGAAGAAAUGAUGAAUAUAAACGACAUUACACAAACUUGUCAAAAUUCCGAUGAAGAUUAUGCUGUAAUUGUAGCUCGAUUAAAAAACGUCAUUGUUCGGCAUGUGCUAGCCUUGCAAACUGUUGGGAAAGUGGAAGAUAUCUUCAGUGUCAGCAUAGGCAUAUGUUUCGGAUUGGACGCGAUAUCGUUGUGUCUAUUCUUCGUUUUGCCUUUAGAAGUCAUUCUUCACUUCGCCCCAUUGAUUUACCACAGUCUUUUUAUUUUGUUUUUGUACUGUUUUCAAGGACAGAGACUUACAACAGCGUCGGAAAAGUUCGAGAUGGCGGUGUACUGCUGCGGAUGGGAGAAUUUGCGAGUGAAAGAGAGGAAGCAGGUGCUGCUGAUGUUGAAACAAGCGCAGAUGCCUGUCAUAGUGUACGCCGCUAAAGUUAUUCCAAUACGCCUGAGCACCUUCGCAACCACCAUGCAAGCUAUUUAUAAGUUUGUCACCGUAUUUAAGGUGUAG